AUGAAGAGUCCUGUCCUCCAUGGUUCUGAGAAUCGUGUUUGGUGCGUGUUCUGCAAUUGCGAUAUUGAAGAACUAUCCAGCUUCUUUGCCUUUGGCACUGCAAUUCAUCAUCUGGCGAGUGCGAGUCAUCUGAAGAACACCAAGAGUUUUUUGUGGAAACAUGGUGGUAAGAUGGAUAAGGUGGAUUCAUUGAGGAUUUUGGAAGCAGACAUAGUAAAGUGGGAGAAGAAGUGCAGAUUACUUAAAAGUGAUGGUGCAAAUGAAACGACUCAUGGACCUCUGAAUGAUAUCCACAAUGAUUUCAACUCUAAAUGCUCAGACUUCUCUUCAGUCAGAGACAACCAGACUCUGUAUAUGCGCUCACAGUUUGAGACAGUUCCAUGCAAUGCAAACUAUUUAACAGGUACAAGUAAUACUUAUGUUAGAAAAGAUUCCAUCAGUAUUGGAGGAGGGGUCCAUCUAGAUGGAGAAGCGGUAAAUAGAGAGAUUGUAAAUCAAGGCUUGAAUAGCCUAACUAAAAUCUCCAUCCCUCUACAACAAGAUGGUCAAGGAAAUGUGCACUCAGGAGCACCACCUCCUUGGUUUGAUCAUCUAAAUGCUGGACUAAAAUCUGAAAGCCGGUCAAGUGGUUCUCUUUCGAAGCAAGGAGGAAAAAGUAAAUUGAACCCAAAUCGAGUGGGAGCUGCUUGGGCAGAGCAACGAAAAAUCGAGAUGGAAAUGGAGAAAAGGGGAGAGAUUGUUUCCAGAGAUGUGGAUCCAAACUGGCUUCCUAAUUUUGGAAGUGUUUGGCAAUCAGGCACCCGGAAGAAAUCUAGAAAGGAAUUUGAGUCUGAAGAGAAGAAAAAAUCAGCUAAUAAUAAAGUUGAUGAUUCUGAAUCUGAGGCGUCGAUUAGGAUUCAGCCAUAUGUUAGCAAAAGAAUGAAAAAGGACAGAGGCGAGUGAUUCUUGAUCGAUAUAAUGAUGUUUUGUUCUGAAAAAGAGGUGCGGUUUCAUCUACAUGCCCACUAAGAAGUCGUGCUGCCAAAGCUAUUGGUUUCAUUGAAAUGAUGAUUGACUACUCAGUAAAGAAUGCACCCUUUGCA